CCGCUUUGCUAUCCGUUAAUACAGUUUCACUCAAGUACAAGCCAAAAUGGCAGCUGCAGCGAGUGAUCAAGAAAUUGAUUCUCUUCUUUUAACUUUUGAUCAGAUCUACGAGGAUUUCAAGAGUGGAAUAAAGGAAAUCCAAUUGCUGAAAUCAAAUUGGAGUGCAGAAAUUAAAAAUAGAGAGGCUCUUGAACUCACCUGCCGAAGUUUGAAACAAGAAAAUGAGCGGUUGACGAAAUUGUACACAGAAAAUUUUCACAAUAUAGCUGAGCAGCUUGAAUUCCGUGUCAAGUUUCAAAGCCAAAAGGAGGAAAUGAAAAGACUGAGUGAACAGAAUCUCAGUAAAGAAGAAGAACACAGAAAGGCCAUGGAAUUGCUUAAGCAAGAGUAUGCAACUAAGAUUGGAGACUUGGAAGUUCAAGUCAGAGGCUUACAACUUGAGAAAGCAACAAGUGAAGCAACAGUAAAUCAUCUUCGCCAAGAUUUAGCAGCGCAUAAAGCCCAUAUGCAAACUCUAGCAAACAGAUUGGAAAGAAUCCAUUUUGAUGUGGAAUCAAAAUAUAAUCUCGAGACUCAAGAUUUGAAGGAUUGUCUCAUGGUCGAACAGGAAGAGAAAAAUGAAUUGAAUAGAAAGCUACAGGAUUUGGAAAAGCAGAUGGUAGUUAUCAGAACAAAGCUGGUUGAACAGCAACAAGAUAUGGCUUCACAUCGACUCGUCGAAACACUUAAAUCGAAGAUUAUGAAACUGCGGAAGGAGAAUGAAAUUUUGAAAAGGAAGCUUUCUCAUUCAGAAGAGGCUUAGAAGGUAGAAUCUGAAGCUGUUGACUAUGGUGACUAGAUGCUUUGUUGUUGUGGGUUUAACUCCAUAUAUGUAUGACUAUUGAUUUAAGAAGAUCAAUGCAUAAAUUGACAGUGAACUUCAUAGGAAAAACUAAUUGUGCUCAACUUUUAGGUUAAUCCAAUAAACUUGUCGACUGUAAAAUUACACCUAUAAGAUAAUUCAAAUUCUAA